GGGCAGGCUUAAGGGCGGAAGAAACCGGAAGCUGCUCUUCCUGCGGCCGGACUGGGCGAUGCUCCUCCGGGAGGCGGGCUCAGGAGUGCGGAGGGGUACGGAAUGGCCACAUCAAAAGAAUCACUGACAAUGACAUCCAGUCCCUGGUGCUAGAGAUUGAAGGGACAAAUGUCAGCACCACAUACAUCACAUGUCCUGCAGACCCCAAGAAGACACUGGGAAUCAAACUGCCUUUCCUUGUCAUGAUCAUCAAAAACCUGAAGAAGUAUUUUACAUUUGAAGUACAGGUACUAGAUGACAAAAAUGUUCGUCGGCGGUUUCGAGCAAGUAACUACCAGAGCACCACCCGAGUCAAGCCUUUCAUCUGUACCAUGCCCAUGCGGCUGGAUGAUGGCUGGAACCAGAUUCAGUUCAACUUAUCUGAUUUCACCCGGCGGGCGUAUGGCACAAACUACAUCGAGACCCUGAGAGUGCAGAUCCAUGCAAAUUGUCGUAUCCGAAGGGUUUACUUCUCAGACAGACUCUACUCAGAAGAUGAGCUCCCGGCAGAGUUCAAACUGUAUCUUCCAGUUCAGAACAAGGCCAAACAAUAACUGGAUGGCAUCUAAGGGGGACAGACUCUGGACAUGACUCUUAGUUUAAAAAAACUACAUGGAGACAAUGCAAAAACAUUUAAAUAAUCCACUGUGCUAUGGCUCAUUUACUACUUCGUGUCUUUGUCAUGGACACCAGUGACCAUGCCACAGUUCUGUUACUUGCAUUCUAAGUUCAGUGGGGAAAGCAGAGCUUUGAGUGACAUACAACUGCUGGGGUUUCCUGUGCUGCCUGCCCUGGCAUGUGAGAGA